AUGGAUAUUGUCCUUGAACUCUGGGACACCUUCAUUGGUGAUCGUCUCUAUUCAACUCUGGUGCCGACCUCGCUCUCCUCGUCCAUCUCGCUUCCUGCUUUUGCCAAUGCCGCCAACAGCUCGCUCGCCCUGUUUGGCGCCUCCGAGCCCUUUGUCUAUGAGCCGGCCACACAACUCCUCCACCUCGAGCCGUCGAAAUAUGCCUAUCUCAGCGCAUGGCCGCGGAAUAAUGCCUACCGCCAGUUCACCAGUUUCUUUCUAAUCACCUGGAUAUUCGGGUUGGUGGUAUACUUCGUGGUUGCGACGCUCUCGUACCUCUUCGUGUGGGACAAGGAGACUCCCAAGCACCCCAAGUUCCUCAGGAACCAGAUUUCCAUGGAGAUCAAGCAGGCCAUGUCGGCCAUGCCGCCGAUGGCGCUGCUGACCGCGCCCUUCUUUCUCUUGGAAGUCCGCGGGUACGCCAAGCUCUAUGACACCGUCGCAGACGAGCCGUUCCCCUUCUACAGCAUCCUGCAAUUUCCAUUCUUCAUCUGCUUCACCGAUUUCUUCAUCUACUGGAUCCACCGGGGUCUGCACCACCCACGCGUCUACAAGACCCUGCACAAGCCUCACCACAAGUGGAUCAUGCCCAGCCCAUUUGCGUCUCAUGCCUUCCACCCCUUGGACGGUUGGUCCCAGAGCAUCCCCUACCACGUGUUCCCGUUUCUCUUCCCGCUGCAGAAGCUGGCCUACGUCUUCCUGUUCGCCUUUAUCAAUCUUUGGACCGUCUUCAUUCAUGACGGGGAGUAUGUGUCCAACAGCCCGGUUGUGAACGGCGCCGCCUGCCACACGAUGCAUCACUUGUACUUCAACUACAACUAUGGCCAAUUCACCACGCUCUGGGAUCGCAUGGGUGGCAGCUACCGCAAGCCCAAUGAAGAGCUCUUCCGACGCGAGACCAAGAUGGGCCAGCAGGAAUGGCAACGGCAGGCCAAGGAGAUGGAAACCAUCCUCAAGGACGUGGAGGGCGAUGAUGACCGCAGUUACAUGACUUCGGCCGAGGCGAAGAAAAAGCUGUGA